GCAUGGCUGAAGAAAACGGCCACCCUCUGAAGCGACUAAUAAUUUACGAGUUCCGGAAAAGGAUGUGACACCCAAUUUCUCAAUACAUCAGCGUAUGGCGCGCGCGGGAAACCAAGAUGUAUCAUAACAGUUUGCCUUUGCGCGGGUACCUCUCACACGAUUUUAAUGGAUGAUGCUGGUUUUGACAAGAACUGCUGGAUAAUCGGAAAUAGUACGUAGCGUGACUUCGCUAUGUGUUUUAUUGUGCUCAUCACACGUUUAUGCCUAAUAACAAAUCGUUCUCUGAACCCAAGAUCGAUGGUGUAUACAAGUAUGCAUUGACGUGUUCCUUGAGUUUGUUCGACAAGAUGAACAUGAGGAUUUCAAUGAGGAAAUAUAUUCGCGGGUGUGUGAUGCGUCCAAACUUAGUCCAAUAUUUGGUUUUGUUAUAUUUUGUAUGACAUCACUCUGCUUUCAUGCCAUGCUUGAUCCAUCAUCUGUUAAAGGCGUCCACGUGUAGCACACAACAAUAAUUCUGUUGACAGCUGACUGGUGGUAAUGGCGUCGGUGAAUGAGAACCAUAGAGAUAUAUAAUGGCCGCCGCUCCCAAGUGGCGUCACUCCAGAUAUUUUAUCUGAAAUCCAGAGAACAUUUCAGCCUUUGCAAUGCCUGCUUGGAAAACGAAGAUGCAAGAAUCGAAAACAGACCAAGAAACGAAAGGCAGAGAUGGAGAGCAACCCAGAGAGGAAGGAAGAAGAACAGAGGAGAUCGGCCUUGAGAAACCUUCUAAUGGAGCCAACCAAGACUUUGCAGGCAUUGUGUCACAUGUCAGUGGGAAGUGUCCUGCAAUCAAGGUUCCUUGAAUGGACCUCAAGCACUUACCCCUGGAGGAACUGGCUGCAGAACUGUCCAAGGGAGUCUUCAGCUAUCAGAGGAACUCUGUCAUUGAUGCAGCUGUUAGGGAAACACAGCAGGGCAAAAAGGAUGAGUCAGCUACUACAAGUGCAGUUACAGAGACCAGGGAGACCGAAGCAGGUGCUUCUGAGGAAACAGUUCUCAAAGACUCACAAAGGGAAGAAGAAGAACCUCAGCAGGGAACGACUGAAAGGACGGAUGGUAAUGGGCUCUGCAGAGAUGGCGGAAGCAUGAUGGAUGAAAAUGCAGGAACGACCAACGAGAGAGUUGAUGGGAUUGAGGAUAAACUGUGCCAAAAUGAGGACUCUGAUGAUGACCCCGAGGGUACCGAUAGACAGCCACAAGCGACAAAGAAGAGGAAGCUAUCCAAAAUAUCCACCUCUCCUGGCAAAGAUGAUGCCAAGAGCAAGAGGAACAAGACUGCAAAGAUGCCUUUCCAGUCUACCAGUGUUAUGCAUGUCAAGAUUAUCAGUAAAGCCUUGAAAGGAAAGAAGGGCAAGGGUAAAAGAGGUAAAAGAAGUGAAUGA